AUGCGAGAUUGGCCGCCUUGGACAGCAGCUUUUGCCACAGGCCAUGGCGAUGUGCUACAAGUCUUGAUUGAAGAGGGUGAAUUCGUGCCGCGCGCCCGGGACCUUUUCAACACCGCCAUCGAUGGCGACUUUGAGACUCUUAAAAUUCUUGUGAGAGGCUGUCGAAGAUCGAUAGACCUUGCUGACCCCGAGUCCACAGCUGUAUUGGGAAUCGCAAUCUAUGCAUCAUCGGAUAACCUCGACAUCGCGCGCUUUCUGAUCGAUUCCGGUUCACCAGUCAACUGCAUGGAUAACGAUCAACAUACCUCGUUAGCUUACGCUGCGGAUUCUGGCAACAUUGAGACGGUUAAGCUCUUGCUGGGCCAUGGGGCUGAUCCCGAUCCUGAAACCAUGGCCGCUAAGCAGCCUGUGGCUUUGAGGAUAUUGUACGAGCUUGCCUUGAUGCUGAGUGCAAUGCAAAUGACAGGCUGUACGUUUCCGAUUGUCCUUUUGACGUGGAUGAUGCCUGCUGAGGAUCUGACGGCGGAUAUUACUUGA